AUGGAUCGGAGGGUUAAAGAAGCAUUUGAACAGUGCUCAAUGCCUCAAAAUAUUAGAUGCUUGAAAAACUCAUUGAAUGCUUCCACUUCUAAUUCUAUUGCAGAGAACACCCUAGAAGAAUUUAUAUCCCCCGUCCGUGAGGGCACCAAGCCAUGGCUUUCUAUUCCCAAGGGCAACAUGUACACAUGGAGGAGGCUAGAAGGAGGCUUGAAGCUUCUCAAACUGCUGGCUUAG